UUGCCAGUCGUACGCACGGACUGGCCGCCCGGGAGUGUGGUGCGCUGCGGGGAAGGCGCUCACACCGAUUCUGCCCAGAGGAGGAGGCGUUCGGCGUGUGCGCUGGAGGUUGCAGUGGGAGUGUGUACACACGAGACGGGAGCGGCGAGGCGGCGGGCAGAGUUCGGUGAACGGCCGGCGCGGACGGCGCGGCGAUGGCAGGCUUCCUGGACAACUUCCGGUGGCCGGAGUGCGAGUGCGCGGCCUGGAGCGAGAGGAGGAACACCCUGGCCUCCGUGGCGGCGGGGGUGCUGUUUUUCACAGGCUGGUGGGUGAUGAUCGACGCGGCCGUGGUGUACCCCAAGCCGGAGCAGCUGAACCACGCCUUCCACACGUGCGGCGUGUUCUCCACCGUGGCGUUCUUCAUGAUAAACGCCGUGUCCAACGCCCAGGUGCGAGGGGACAGCUACGAGAGCGGCUGCCUGGGGAGGACAGGGGCUCGGGUCUGGCUCUUCAUCGGUUUCAUGCUGAUGUUCGGGUCGCUCAUCGCCUCCAUGUGGAUCCUCUUUGGUGCCUACGUCACCCAGAAUACCGAGGUUUAUCCGGGGCUAGCCGUGUUUUUUCAGAAUGCACUUAUAUUCUCCAGCACCCUGAUCUACAAGUUCGGGAGGACCGAGGAGCUGUGGAGCUGAGCCCGCCGCUGCCGGUGUCGCCUCCUUCGCCGCCUUCUGGCUGUAGAUACGUUGUUACCUUUUACCGUAGUUUACACAUUGCCAAAUGAAAUAGAUUGUUCGUUAAAUGUGUUUCUUUACCCUUUCAUGCUCUGAGUUUUGAAAUAGUUUUAUGAGAUUUCUGGGGUUUUUUAACGACUAGGUUGUUCCUAUGUCUCUGCGGCGGUGGGGGUGGG